AUGAUAACGUUGCCGAAGUUAGACAGUCCAUCAUUUGAAGAGGAAUUCAAUGCCCUCUUGCUGGCUUCAAACCGAUCUGCCAGUGAAGAUGAUAUUGACGAGUUGUUGGUUUCCGAUCGUGAACUAUUACAGUUACGUGACCAAGAUGAAGAAUUAGAGGAGAAUAUUCCAGAUGUGGAUAGCAGCCAUGAGAGGAGCACUGAUAGUUCUGAUGAAGGUAGCACCGAUAGUUCUGAUGAUGGCAGGCCUCUUUCAGAAUGA